CUUCUUCUUCUCUUCUUCUUCGAUAACCUCUUUCAAGUUUUAUCCUUACCUCACUACAUUGGCAUUCUAGACAAACCCUAGAGAUUUUGAGCAAAAACCCAUUUUUUUAUCUUUAAAGCUUAAUCCUUUUCUUUAUUAGCAAUCAUUGUUCUCUGUUUCUCUUUUCUUCACAAACAAAAUUGAGGAAGAACAAAAAGAGAGAAACUUUACCAUAAUCUUCUUUUGUUUACAGAUCCUUUAUAGUGGGCGGUGUUAUUGUUUUUCUGCAUUUUCUCAAAGAGAAAAAAAGUUUGGUGAAAUAUAAUUUUGAAACAGAACUUGUUGGGUGUUUUUGAUUUGUAGCUCUUCAGAUCUGAAGGAAGGCUGAGGUUGUUUGUUUCAAAGCACUGUCUCUUUUGACUUUCCCUAUACACUCACUUUCCUUCUUUCUUUUGUGUUUCCUCUCUUCAACUUUGCUUCUGAGAACCAACUAAAGAGUGUUCCUUUUUUUUUUCUCCCUCUAGGAAUUCACUUUAAGUUCUGGUUUUUGAAUAAUUGGAGUGAGAGAUCUGAAGAAAUGUUGUCCAUUGGAAGUCCUAUAGCCACCAGUGCUCGUACAAGCGCAAGCUGCAGUGUAUUGCUCAGAGAACUUCAGCAAAUAUGGAGCGAAAUUGGCGAGAGUGAAGCCGAUAAAGAUCGAAUGCUGUUGGAAUUGGAGAGGGAGUGCUUAGAAGUCUAUCGCCGAAAGGUUGACGAAGCUGCCAAUGCCAAGGCACGUCUACAUCAAUCUGUUGCAGCCAAGGAAGCUGAGGUUGCAACGCUUAUGGCAGCUCUUGGGGAACUCAAUAUUCAUUCACCGAUUCAGACAGAGAAGAAGAUGGCAUCAUUAAAAGAAAAACUCGCGUCUAUCACUCCACUGCUCGACGAUCUAAGGACGAAGAAAGAACAAAGAACAAAGCAAUUUGAAGAUACAAAGAAUCAAAUAGAAAAGAUCAGUGGAGAAAUUUCUGGUUACAACUAUCCAAAUGAUUCAAUGAUUAGCUGCUUAACUCUCGAAGACCAAGACUUGUCGGUAAGAAGGCUUACUGAAUUUCAGACGCGUCUUCAAACUCUUCAGAAGGAGAAGUCUGAUCGCCUUCAUAAGGUUUUGGAAUAUGUAAAUGAGGUGCAUUUGCUAUGUGGGGUACUAGGAUUGGAUUUUACGCAGACUGUAAGCGAUGUGCAUCCCAGCUUGCAAAGGACAAACCAGGAACAAUCCACGAAUAUUAGCAAUGAUACAUUUGAAGGUUUAGAGCAGACCAUUAACAAGCUGAAAACCGAAAGAAGAACCCGAAUCCUGAAGUUGAGGGAUAUUGUGGCCGAACUAUUUGAAAUCUGGAACCUGAUGGAUUCCCCCGAAGUCGAGAGGAAUAUUUUUUCAAGGGCCAUUUCUAUUCUUAGAUUAUCAGAACCUGAAGUCACCGAAGCAGGUGUUCUUUCAACUGAGAUGAUUGAACAGGCGUCAGCAGAAGUGGAGAGGCUUACCAAAUUGAAAGCUAGCAGAAUGAAAGAACUUGUUAUGAAAAGAAGAUCAGAAUUGGAAGAUAUUUGCAGAAGGAUUCAUAUUGAACCCGACGCAAGCACUUCUGUCGAGAAAUCUAAUGCAUUGAUUGAUUCUGGUCUUGUAGACCCUUCUGAACUUUUACCAAACAUUGAAGCACAGAUAACUAAAGCUAAAGAUGAAGCUAUGAGUCGAAAAGAAAUAAUGGAUAGAAUAGACCGAUGGCUCGCGGCAUGUGACGAAGAAAAUUGGCUUGAAGACUACAAUCAAGAUGUAAACCGGUACAAUGCAGGGCGAGGUGCACACAUUAAUCUUAAACAUGCAGAAAAAGCCCGAAUAACUGUAACUAAAAUUCCUGCAUUUGUGGAUGAUCUGAUCAAUCGAACACUAUCUUGGGAAGAAGAGAAAAGGACAUUGUUUCUGUAUGAUGGGGUGAGACUAGUGUCGAUACUGGAAGACUACAAGCUAGCGAGGAAACAAAAAGAAGAGGAAAAGAAGAGAUGCAGGGACCAAAAGAAGAUCCAAGAUCUGCUUCUGACAGAGAGAGAAUCAAUUUAUGGGUCAAAACCUAGUCCAAGGAGAAGUAACAGCUUCAGAAAGACAAUUGGUUAUCGAGCAAAUGGAAAUGGAUCCAUGACUCCCAGUACCCCACGUCGGAGCUCGGUGAGUGGAGCAACACCUGAGCUGCUUACCCCACGAUCAUACUCAGGACGUCAAAAUGGCUACUUCAAGGAAAUGAGAAGGUUGUCUACAGCACCUCUGAACUUUGUGGCCAUAUCAAAGGAAGAUACAGUUUCUACAUACACAUCCGUAUGUGAUUCGGAGCUGGAGUCUCCCUCGCAUAGCUAAGGAAGUCAGAAAUGGAAGAGGUUGUACGAUGUUAUAGUUGCAAUAAGUGUAGACUGGAUUAUAGCAGCGAACCUUGUGUUGUGAAUACAAAAGGGUAUGGUAGAUUAGUGUAUGGAUUGUGAAUUGGUAGGAGUCGAACAGGACAGGUGACUGACAUUCGAGGGCGAACGUGCUGAACGACAAUAUUUUCAUAGGCAGAGAACAACACUGAUAGAAAAAGAAACUAGUUUGAAAAUCGUGUUAAACUUGUUUCCGUUUAUGG